CGUAAUCGUGUUUGGAGAGUAUUGAUUUCGUGAGCGCACUCCAAUUGGCAGCAUCUCUACUACAGCGCGCCGGCGCGUCAUCCUCGGCUCAGCGACGGAACGAGUUGUAAGCAAAUGACAACAUGUGUGGCAUCUGAGAGAGUGAGAAAAGGCAAGGAGGAGACAGAGAGGGAACAAGUGGAGGUGUGAAAACAGACGAUUUUAUCGCUCUGACAUCUGGAUACGAGAUUUGAUUUGCCGGGCUAUUUUUUUUCCCCCUUUUAUUUAUUUAUUUAUUUUUUAUUUUUUUGCAGACGGGGAAAUGAUCGAUUCGUCACAUGCGCACGCCUCUUCGUUAUAAUUGCAGACAGUUGGGUGCUGUUCAGGCUGAAUGGACUUGAAUGUGUCGCUGCAUGCCAGCUUAAUCCGGGCAGACUGGAAGAUUUAAUAAUUCACGGUAAUCACGCAUUAUCGCUUCAGUGGAUGCUCUCUGCAGCUCUGCUUGAUUUUUCUUUUCGCCUCCCUCUUUUUCCCGAUUCUUCGCGUUGUCUUGUGGAGGAUUUAUCAACGGCCGCCGUGCUCCUUAUCUGAAAUAUCAUCUGUUGCUGCAACUGGAUUGAAAAGCCCCCAUGACUGACUCAGACACGUUUGAGAUUUAGUGUAUCAAGGUGAUGUGGGUUAAUUGAGACGCAUUUUUGAGCAACUUUCGAUUAUUUGUUCCAGUUAAAAUGGACAAGAAAUUAUUACUACUUUUAUUACUUCUCUUAUCUCUUCACACACGGCUGUGAUUUUUUUUUUAUUUUUGUGCUUGCAUUCAUCAUGAAUGUCCUGCUCCGUUGAAUUGGCUCCCAUUUGAAUCUGACUGAUCUUAACAGGGGACACCACUAAGGAGCAUUUUCUCAGUGUGAAAGUGUUGCCAAAGACAGUUUCCACUACUUGCUCUUAUUAUUAUUAUUUUUGUUUUUUCGCUUGAUUCGACUCUCAACGGAAGAAAGAGUAAAUGUUGAUGAUGGAGGACGACGAGCUGGACGCUCAUCACCAGGCUGACUCGGAUGUGGAGCCGCAGAGCCGGCCUCGCUCGGUCACCUGGCCGCUGCCGUGCCUGCAGGACUUCCCCGGGGAACACGAGGGGAGCGCGGCUCUCCCUCUGGCUGGCAUCAAGCUGGAGCCGGAGGAGGAAGUGCCGGCGUGCAGAGCCGGGCUGGUGGUGGGCGUCACGCCGGGAGGAGAGCUCAAGCACCCGGCGGGCGCGACGCACCCGUGCCUGGCCGGCGCCGGCGCGCUGGAUGUGAGCGGCUCGCUGCGCAAAGCCAAGUCCUCCCGCAGGAACGCGUGGGGGAACCAGUCGUACGCGGAUCUCAUUACCCGCGCCAUCGAGAGCACCCCAGAAAAGAGACUCACGCUGUCACAGAUAUACGACUGGAUGGUCCGCUAUGUGCCGUAUUUCAAAGAUAAAGGCGACAGCAACAGCUCAGCCGGCUGGAAGAACUCCAUUCGACACAACCUUUCCCUCCACACGCGCUUUAUCCGGGUGCAGAAUGAGGGGACAGGAAAGAGCUCCUGGUGGAUGCUGAAUCCAGAUGGUGGCAAGAUGGGCAAAGCCCCAAGGCGACGAGCCGUCUCCAUGGACAACAGCACCAAAUACUUAAAAAGCAAAGGCCGCGUCAGAGGCAAAAGGGUAGGCCGUCCUGGGAUUGGAGCAGGGUCUGGUGUUGUGGGGCUCCAGAGCUCACCGGACCAUGGCAGCCCAUCACAGAAAAACCUCCCUGCAACUGGAGGUACAUCUGGGACAGAUGGAGAGUUUGACGCUUGGACAGACCUCCAUUCCAGGGCUAGUUCAUCAGCUUCCACCCUAAGUGGGCGUCUGUCACCUAUACUCGCAGAGGGAGAACCAGAGGAACCUGAGGAGGGUGGCCUGUCCUGUUCCACCUCCCCGCAUCUCUACUCUUCACCAACUAGUGCCCGCUCUCCAACUAUUGGGGCAGGGAAUCACUGCCCUCCCCUUGAGCCGCUGCCUCAGUUGGCAAACCUAACAGGUGCCAUCAGUUUGGAUGAGCAGAUGAUGGAGGAUGGUUAUCAUCAUCGUCAACAGCAGCCGCAACAUCAGCAGCAUCCGCCUGUUGGCAGACAGAAGCACCAAACCUCUGUGUAUCACUACAGCUCUGGAAUGAAGGGACAGGGCUCCUAUAGUACAGGCGUAUACGGUGUGACAGGUAUGGGUAUGCUCCGUCACCAUUCACCCAUGCAGACCAUUCAGGAGAAUAAGCCAGCCACUUUCUCUGGAACCAUGCGAGCAUAUUCAAGUACAAAUGCACUGCAGAGCCUCCUAACAGGAGGUUCUGCUGGCCAACAGUACUGUUCCAAGGACAUGAUGCUGGGACAAGAGCGAGAAGGUCAUACUUUGAUGGGUCAAGCCAGUAACGGAAUAGGAUCUAACCAUCGAAGCCACCACCCUGUCCACCACAAUGACCACAGCCACAAUGGACCUCAUAGCCAUAACAGAACUCACAGCCAUACUCCUAAUCAUAAUCACAAUAAUGUAACCAACCACAACUCACCUCACAGCCUAGGCCACAAUGGUCACAGCCUGAGUCGGAGCCAUAAUCAUACACCACCCCGCGCGGCAGCCCUGACUCCACAUGGAAACAGCAGUCAGUUACAGACUUACAAUCACAAAGCCCCCUACUUGUAUAGCCCCCCAUCACAUGCCCACCUCCCUGCUUCUACUACCCUCCCCCCAAACCCAGCAGGAAUGCUUGGCAUGCCCCAGGACUCCUGCCACGUGGCCACCACUCCAUACUCGCGUCACAACCAUUACCCUGACUCACAACACCAAGGCAUGACUAAUGGACUGUACCACCAUGGCCACGGGAUGAGUAAUAGUAGCGCUGGUGGCACCUACCAUGGCUAUCACCAACAUCACUCACAUGAGAGACUACCAGCUGACCUGGACAUUGACAUGUUCCAAGGUAGCUUGGACUGUGAUGUAGAGUCUAUUCUCCUCCAUGACAUCAUGGACUCCGGCGAAGAAAUGGACUUUAAUUUUGACUGCUCCCUUGCCCAGGGAGUGGGCCUUGGGAUGGGUAUGGGAAUGGGUGUGACUAUGGGCAUGGGGAUGGGAAUGAGCGGUCUCACUGGUCCACAGCAAGCCCAUAGCAACCAGAGCUGGGUGCCGGGCUGAAGUCAAAGGCAACACGCUGUAUAUUUCAGACAGGACUACCCUACCCAUGAAGCACUGUGGUCAACUGUGACAUUCCUGACUUGACACAAAGACUAUAGGACCAACGCUCCGAUAUCUUUCUGUUGUCUUGAAAUGUCCUCUGUCACUCUCCCUCUUUUAGUCUCCUCCUCCUCUAGAGAUCUAGUUCACAUUGGAUUAAGUUUUUUUUUUUCUCAUAUCAGCUGUACUGUGAUGACAAUCUCUCAGCUGUGCUUGCCCAACAUCGCUUCUCAUCUACCAUGAGAAAUGAACUUUGAAUGCACUUUAUUGCAAGUGGGUCACAUCUCACGGUGCAAUGCCUUCACAGAGCAGCACAGGCAGAGCUUGGCAUGUUUUGUAAGGUGGCUAUAGCAUCUGACGGGAACAAUUGGGUAAAUCGCAAGCUCCUCUAAUAAAAAUGUCAGAUAAUUGGAUCUACUUUUUUAUAUGAUGUCAGUAGCGGUAGGGAGAAGUGUUGCGGCAAAUCCUUCCCUCCUACUACAAAAAAAAAAAGAUUAUACCAAAUUUCCAAAAUAAUUUAAUAGAUUAUCUUGUAUUUGGCACAAGUUGUAUCGCAUUUGUACAAUAUAUUUAAAUUGAACUCCAUUAUACAAUUUAAUAAAAAAUAAGUUUGCAUAUUCAUGAGUUCCAAUUAGUUAUCUUUCUGCAGCUCUGGUAUUUACAACUUCCUGCAUUUGGUCCUUGGUGCUUUGACUUUUCUCUUGGAUGUAACAUUUUGUAAUGCCCCUUUCUCACUGGUUGAAGAAUAUUGUCAUGCAAUUAAAUGGAUGCUGUCAUUAGUGGCCAGCUUGUAAUUUGGUGAAUUAAGAUGCCAUUUCACCUUGUAUCACCUGGGCCUCACAUGCCAGUUUGUCUAUCCUUCUUUCUGUCUACCAGUGGAGACAAAGUGACCAUUCCUCAUACCAAGCCAUUAAUGUGGCUUGAUUGAAAUUCAGCAUCUUGCUUUUAAUCUCGAAAGUGAUACGGGAGCGAUGUGUCAUCAUUGAGAGUCUAACGUGCUGUCCUCCGUUCUCUCACCCCUGCUGUCUGGGCCACUGCUUACCUCCUCAGUGUAAUGGGCCAAAAGUAGUGAGACAAAAAGGUGAUUAACACCAAGUCAAUCUGCUUGCCUUCCUGCUCUGAGAAGGGCCAAUGUCACUGCCUGCUUGUCUGCUCAGAAGGUUUCAAACAAAAGAAAAAAAAAAAGGAGGAACGACGUAGACAAGGAUAGAACAAAAGCCUCUGGUUAUACUGAGAUUAUUCAUCAGCCUCUGUGUCCAUGCUAUCUGAAUGUGUGUGUCUGAAAACAGGUAGUGUACUCAUAUUGUAAAUCAUCUCCAUUAUCUGUGUUAUGUUCCCAUAUUUUCAGUGCUUAUACUCUGAGCUUCAAAUACUGAAACAGGUGCAAAUGGAGAGAUUUAAGGAAAAAACAAGCAGCCAGCCUGAGUGGCAUGAGUCUACAUCAAACAGGGAUGUAAUUCCACAAAGCCAUCCACAUCUGCUUUUUUGUGUGUUUAUUCUGUUGUCUAGUAGUAGUUGUUGUAUUGUUGAAAUUCUAAGAACUGAUGAGAACAGGACUGAAAUAUCCAUAGUGUACGCAUUGAAUUCACUGGUGAAACGAUGUUGGUAUAGUGCAGUAUGACCUUCCUAAGCUCCAAUGGCGUGCACCACUCCCAUAUGUGCUCUGCUCAGUUGUUUCUGUGUUUGUGAGUAGGGGGGGAGUCUGCAGCCUGUUUCUCACUGGCCUUGAGAGAGGAAAAAAGAAGAAGACACCCCUGUUCUCUGGUUCCGUCAAGGAGACUCUCCACUCCCGUCUGU